CGCUUCACCGCCCUGCUGCUGCCGCCGUUCCUGCUGUGGUGGGGCGCCGACUACUGGGCGAACGUGCAGGAGGCGCGGCGCCAGGCCGCGGAGGCGGACCGGGCGGAGGCGGACAAGGGAGAGGCGGAGCCUCCCGCGGCCGCUGAGGCGGCGGCGAAGGCCAAGAGGCGGAACACGCCCGCGCGCGGGUGA